AUGUUUUUCUGCAUUUUGUUUCUACUUCUCUUCCGCAAGGGUGUUGCCGGUUCUGACGAUGAUUUGAUGUCCUUUGUCACACUCCCCGAAGUUAGAGCGCUAAGAUUCGACGUUGCUUACUAUGACCGUGAAUCUGUAAGUCCAGGAUACUGGUUCGUCGCGCCAUAUGGCGUGAUUGACCCAGAGGCUCCCACCAAGCAAUGGAAGCCAUGCCAAAUCGGACCGUAUAUCUAUGACGCAGAUGGGACCCUGAUUUGGGCUGGUUCAUGCAUGUUUGACAACCGAAAUAUCUUCGAUUUCAAGGCGGUGCACAACAUCGAUGAUCGACCUCAUCUCUCGUUUAUCCUGCAGCAUGCGUAUCAUGAUGACGGCAGCGAAAAGGGACUAGGAUAUGUCCUCGAUGAGCAUUACGAGCCGGAAUAUGCCGUUGGCGUGACGAAUGAUCUUUCAGCAUUCAAUAUGCACGAAUUCAACAUCCUCGACGGCGGAAAGACAGCCCUAGCUUGCCUAUACCGGCCUGAAUACAUGGAUCUUGGAGAUUUCGGGCGUCCCGAUGAACAUGGCUGGGUCAUGACUGGCGGUUUCGUGGAAUUGGAUGUAGCUACCGGAGCUGUACUCUAUGAAUGGAGCUCGGUCGGCCACAUCCCUAUUCAUGAGUCUGUAACAGUCAAUUCCUGGGAUUCGCCGUCUCACCAGCCUGGCUGGGACUACGUCCAUGUCAACGCCGUGGAUAAGAACGCGGCCGGUGACUAUAUACUGUCUGCGCGGUUCACAAACACAAUCUACCUCAUUUCCGGACAAGAUGGACACAUUAUCUGGAGGCUUGGGGGAAGUUUUCAGACUUUGUGCAGGAUUUCACAUUCUCUAAGCAGCACCAUGUCCGGCGGACAAGAUGAAGACCAUUCUGCUGCUCUCCUUGUGCAGGUGGAUACCAGUGCAUCCCCCAUGACAGCGCGGCUGCUCAACCGCUACGACCGCCCGGAUGGAGGUCUCACACGGCUCCGUGGUAGCGUUCAGCGCUUGCCAAAUGGCAACGUCUUUGUUGGCUGGAGUGAGCGAGGCUACCAAAGCGAGCACUCGCCCGACGGCAAAGUCCUCAUGCAGGCCAGCUUUGCAUCCACUCGAUUCUCCACCUACCGGUCCUACAAAUUCCCCUUUGAGGGUCGUCCUCUGACCCCGCCGGACGUGGUCUCGACUGUGUACGGUACAGAUGAGACAGACCUCACGACUAUCUUCCACGUCAGCUGGAACGGAGCAACGGAUAUCGCCUCGUGGAAUUUCUACGCCCGCAAGGAGAAGAACGGAAUCCCCGUGUUGGUCGGCAAUACCACCAAGAUCGACUUUGAAACGAUGUACAUCGCUGACGGAUAUCUGGACUGGGUCUCCGUGGAAGCAGUGGAUAAGGCCGGGAACGUCCUGGGUACUUCUGCCAUUCACCACACAACUACACCAGAUAAUUGGCGACUGGCGGGUUUCCAGGGCGAGGAGAAGCCCACCCCUGACGACCCUUCACUGCUGUACAGCUCGAAGCUGUCCGAUGAAGAUGACGUCACAGGUUCUUACAGCACAGCCAAGGAAGCAGCCAAAGCUAUAAACCAAGCGUAUGAGCUUAUCCAAGGGGUCGGGAGCUCUUGA